AUGAGCAUGACAGAAGAAGAAAUCGGUUGGGCCCAUGCCGUCAAGACUGCGUUUCGAGAACAUGUCGAGCAGAACGAUCAAUUGCAAGACGUGUCGGACUACGAGUACGCUCAUUGCGCCAUAUUGACGCGAGGCAAUGUGGCCGAUGCGGUGGAUCGGUUGGAAAAAGUGCAAGAAUUUCGCAAAGAGUACAAAAUAAACGACAGCGUCGAAGAGGGAAUGGCCCUCUUGCAUGCCUUGACGCAAGAACAACAGCCUUGGUUUUUAGUGUCGGUGGACUAUCAACCCGACCGGGGCCACUUUACUCUGGUCUAUGAUUACGCCCGCCUGAAUCCAUCGGCUGUGGACUUUCCAGAAGAUUGGAGAAUAUGGCUGGGCGGUGGAGGCUACUAUCUGUCACAGCUGUGCCAUUGCAAUUUGAUGGCGUGUCGAGAAGGUCAAGUGCAUAUCUGUGAGUGUGAGGGAAUGACGGCCAAGAAUUUUCACAUGGACUUUUGGUUCCGUAGUUGGCACCACUUUGCGGCAUUCUAUCCGCACAAGUACAAGGAGUGUUCUUGGUUGCACACAUCUACCAUUGCCAUCAUGCAACACGCCUUUUUCAAGUCGUUCAUGGGCCCGCUGGCCGAAAUUAUUCGUGUGGGAUGUAAUUUUGCAGGGUACGAUGGACGGAUAGAUGCCAUGUUCAAGGCCCCCAGUGAAGCCGUGGCAGCGGAACGGCUGCUGAGGACCUGUCUAUCGUUUCUGCGAGUGAGAUAUCAUCACGAAGCUACCUUUCGACUGCCCGAACCGAUAAUAGCGACGAACGAUGAUCCACCUGACAACAAUGAUGAAGGAGAAAAUGAAGAGGGCGACUUCGACGGAUGA